AUGCAUCCUCACAUUCAGCCUAGUGGAGGGAGUGAGCUUUUGUCAACUCAGUUAGGACUUGAAAAUGCCAAGCCCGAAACGUUCUCUGCUGGGCCGUCUAUCCUUGGGCAAAUUACGAAUCUCAGUCACGAGCACGAAGAAAAAGAUAUCUUUCUACCAUGUGCUCCCUCAAGCCCGCCUGAUAACUGUGGUAUUGAGAAAGAUGACGUGUCUCUACCAUUAAAAGGAGUCCAGGCAGUUUAUCCCCUAGAUGAAUCUAUUUGGGCCAAUGACCUAGAAUUCUUCAAAGAUGCCACUGGAAUUAGAGAUGCUGCAGCUUUGAAGAAACACAUCAUGAAAGUUCGGGAAACGGCGUAUGCGAAAUUCCCUUAUCCAUGCAUCUGGGCUUUCGAGUUCCUGAAGGGGAAAACCACUUCCCAUCCAUUUUAUACUCACGUGAAAGACAAGCACCAUUCUGAUCAACACCAGAAAUUUUUCAUUGACCUCGGAACAUUUGUGGGUGUUGACAUCAGACAAGUUGUGAAGGAUGGAUGGAACCCGAACAAUGUUUUAGGAAUUGACAUUCAUGGUGAAUGGAGAGACCUUGGCCAUCAGCUUUUUAAUGAUCGUAACGAGGCGCUGCCGUUUUAUCUGGGAAAUAUUCUUGAAGUAGACACACUUAAUAACGAGCCCUCGGUAGAGCCUGAGGCGCGGCCACCCCUCGAACUUCGAGGCUUAAAGAAUCUCAACCAGUUGAAAGGGCGCGUCAGUUUCAUCUCCGCCAAUCAGCUCUUUCAUUUGUUUUCGAAAGAGCAACAAGUGGAACUGGCCAAACGUUGCGGACAACUACUUUCUCAUGAGUCCGGCGCUGCAAUCUUUGGAACCCAGCUGGGACUCCCUGAGGAAAAGCUUGAGGUCUACAAACUUUAUCUUCAUUCACCGACGUCCUGGGAGAAAAUGUGGAAGGACGUAUUGGGUGAAAAGAUCCAGGUGGUGGUCCGUUUGGAGAAAGCCGAGGACACACAUCCCUAUCGUAGCUUUGAGAGUGUUCAAGACGUUUAUUGGCUCUACUGGUCGGUCGCGCGGAUUUGA